GGUCACCCACUUUACUGCUGUACAACAUUUCCCAGGAUGCUCUGCGGUCGCAGCCGGAUAUCCACCUUUUCUGCGCAGGUUUGAAGAAACCUUCGCUGCACGUGGAUUUCAGACAUAGCAACAACGCUUUUACCGAAAACCUUUGGACUUUCCAGACUUGGAAAGUCUAUUUGAUUUCAUUUGAACGCGUCAAACCCAAAGGCACGGUGUCGUCGAGAUGUUUCUGCAAUAUUAUCUAAAUGAGAACGGAGACCGAGUCUACACUCUGAAGAAGGCGACACCCGAAGGGCUGCCCACCACCGCGGCCCACCCGGCUCGCUUCUCUCCGGAUGACAAGUUCUCCCGGCACCGGGUGGUGGUGAAGAAACGUUUCGGGAUCCUCCUCACGCAGCAGCCCAGGCCCAUUCUGUGACGGAAGUGAUGCUGGGCCUGCAAGAGGAAGACAAACUCCUGGGUUGGAUUCAGAAAGACUUGACCAUGAGCUGGAUCAGCUACAACUUGGAUUAUUUUUGGUUCUACUUAUAGUUAGAAUUGUAUGUACUCAAUAAAAUUUGCUUGUGCUUUUUA